AUGAAACCAUCCAAAAUGAUCGGCGGCGAUUAUUCUCUAGAGCUGAACAAUGUAUUCCACAAGGGCCAAGUGGAACCCGCCUCAUGUUUCCAAAGGUUGUUUGGGUCCGUGCAGACUGGACUCAUACUCAAGGAUAUCACAUUGGAAGUACGAGCUGGCGAAGUGAUGGCCAUACUGGGGUCAAAAGGUAGUGGUAAACGAGCACUUUUAGAAGUCAUUGCCAGAAGAAGCAAGGGACUGUCUCGCGGUCAAAUCCUCUUAGACGGGAGGCCUCUUACACAAGCUAUGUUUAACCAGUGUUGUGCAUAUGUUGGUCAUCGAGCUGAUCUUGUCCCAUCAUUGUCUGUACAGCAAACGCUACACUACGCAGCUAACUUAUCUAUCGGCUCACAGGUCAGUGGCUACGUUAAAGACUCCAGGGUCAGACAAGUGUUAGCAGACUUGGCCCUCAGUCAAUUGGCCAGACACAGUGUAGAGGCUUUGACCGAAGGCGAGUACAGACGGCUAGUGAUCGGGACGCAAUUAGUCAAAGAUCCAGUGUUAUUGUUGUUGGAUGAGCCAACAGCUGGAUUGGAUCCGUUGACCACGUACUUAGUCGUGUCUAUGGUCAGCAGCCACGCAAAGCGCAGAGGGCGAGCUGUUAUACUAACUAUGGAAAAACCAAGAUCGGAUGUUUUUCCGUUUCUCGAACGCGUUGCUUACUUGUGUUUGGGUGACUUGGUUUACGCGGGACCGACGAGAAUGAUGUUGGACUAUUUCCGAGCAGUUGGUUUUCCAUGUCCAGAAAUGGAAAAUCCGCUUAUGUACUAUCUGUGUUUGUCAACGGUGGAUCGACGAUCUCGCGAGAGGUUUGUCGAGUCUAAUGCACAAAUCGUGGCGCUAGUGGAGAAGUUUAAAAUGGAAGGGGCCCCCUACAGGAAGUCAUCUGCAAUGUCUGUGCUCCUCGGGUCACCGCCCAGUGACCACCAACCCAACUCACAUCCGUAUCCAUAUUCGGCACAGGGGUCUUCGACCACACAAAUCGGAAUGACGUUGUACCAGCGCCAAUUCGCGUCCACUUUCGGAUGUUCCUGGCAAGCUCUGUUCUACUUGUUAGCACGACUCAUCGCCAUGCCCAUCGCAUUCCUGUUGGUUUGGGUAUUUUUCCACGAUAUCAAGGACUACCAGUCGACGUUCAUGUCCCGCAGUGGUCUGCUGUUGACCUGUAUAACGACAACGUAUUUGACUUCCAUAUUCACUAMAGCGUACACCUACGCUCCUCACAGGACACGAUACUAUCAGGAAAACCAAGAUGGUACUUACAACGGACCACUUUUCCUCAUCAGUUAUUUCACUUUCUCGUUACCACUMGCUUUUCUCACCGUCUCCGGAUCGUCGGCUAUACUGUACCAUCUGAUGAAGUUCAACGACUGGACGGAAUUGAGUCUUUUCGCAGCCGUGUUGUUGAGUUGCUACCUGUUCGCCGAACAGCUGGUCGUCGCCGUGAUGGCCAUAUCCAGGAACCCUUACAACACUAGCGUGUUUUGCAUAUACAUCUUCAGUGUCAUGAUCGUGCUGGGCAGCGGGAUGCUGAGAUCUUACCGGGGCAUGUCGGAAUGGCUGUCGUGGGUGACUUACGCCACGCAGACCAGGUACGUCGGAGCUUAUCUGACGGCUCAGGCUUUCGACGGCCGCCAGCAGUACAACGGGUUGUGGCAAGACGCGUCUCAGAACUGCUCCAAACCCGCGGCCGAGCCGUUUGAGUGCCGGUACCAGGACGGAGCUUCUUACGUCAACGAGCGGUACCCGGCUACGGUGGCCGACCCACAGAUCAACCUAGUCGCCAGCUUCGUGUUCCCGGUGGCCGCGGCCGUGUUCAACAUCCUGUUGUACGUUGCCCCGCUGCCGUCCUACGUCAAAGCCAAGUUCAGGGAGUGAUCGAGGCUCAUAACCCCCCCCUCCAUCCUUCCCCAAACCGCCACCAUUUGAGUCGACUUGGGUCCGGUGAAGCCGUAGAUACAACAUUGUGCCGGAAGGCAGUUCCCUGUCAAAGCAUUUCAAAUGAUGUUUUUUUUCUACUCUCUACUCAGACAGUCCAACAUAAUAUCUUAAUAUAUUUGUACAAUUAUACUGUGGCUUAUACCCAUAGUGCCAAAAUGAAUCAAUUAUGAAGUGCUGGCUGGUCUGGAAUAUAAUAUACGCAGCUAGUGGCUACUAAUGUUGACUACACAUACAUUGAAAAACGACGUUUAUGAGACGAUUCUUAGUGGAGUGGACAAUGUAAUGAAUUCCACGCAGUAUAAGAUGUAGGUAAAAGAUCAAUACACAAUCAUUUGUUUGAAGUUUCUUUCCCAAUUUUUGUACUAAUAUACUAWUAUUAUCAUUUGUGACUUGCACACUUGCAUUAUGUUUAUUAUUGUUAAAUACCAACUUAAAUUAAUACAAUUUUGUAAAUAU